GUGGUCUCUACUUUCAUUUGCUUUAGAAGAGAGACUUGCAGAGAAGUAGGUACCCUACAGGAUAAGGUGUUGAGACACACAGGGCCAAUACUGAGGUGAAGUGAGUUGGGCACUGAAUGCAAGAGGAAGCCCCAAAACUCUGCAAUCAAGGAUGAUGACUGUCUCAGUAUUAAAGCCUGCAGAAGUUCUGUACGUUGGCAGCCUCUAUCCCUGUCCAAAGAGCAGAUUCCACGAAACUAUUGAAUUUGUGCCUUGUAACACUUGGGGAAAGCGAGAGAGAUUAAAAAAGAACUCAACUAGGUGGUGUUGGCUCACAAUCUAGGCAAUUCUUCAGACUAUCAUGGGUAUCCGAGGUCUAAUGAGUUUUGUAGAAGAUCAUAGUAAUGAGUUUUUCACUGAUGUUAAGUUGCGAGACACAAAAAUUAUCAUUGACGGCUAUGCCCUCUUCCACCGGCUUUACUUCAAUUCAAACUUGGAGCUGCGGUAUGGAGGGGACUAUGAUUCUUUUACAGAUGUUGUACAAAAAUUCUUUGAAUCACUGUUUGCUUGUAAAAUCUGCCCAUAUGUUGUCUUAGAUGGAGGAUGUGACAUUUCAGAUAAGAAGCUUAACACUUUAAAGGAUCGAGCUAGGGAGAAGAUCCAGAUGGCCCAUUCCCUGUCUGUUGGCGGGGGUGGGUAUGUGUGCCCCUUACUCAUCCGAGAGGUGUUCAUACAGGUUCUGAUCAAGCUGCAGGUAUGUUUCGUCCAGUGCUUUGCGGAAGCAGAUCGGGACAUUAUGACCCUUGCUAAUCACUGGAAUUGCCCCGUGUUAUCAUCCGAUAGUGACUUUUGCAUUUUUGACCUGAAAAGUGGGUUUUGCCCAUUGAAUGGCUUUCAGUGGAGAAGUGUGAACACCAUCAAGGGCACACGAGACUGCUACAUCCCUGCCAAGUGCUUUUUCCUCGAUGCACUGUGCUGUCACUUUGGCAAUAUGAACAAAACGCUGCUGCCUCUUUUCGCGGUGCUGUGUGGAAAUGACCAUGUUAAUCUGCCUGUCAUGGAGACGUUCUUGAGUAAAGUACGACUCCCUCUUGGGGCUGCCAAUUCCAAGGGUAGGAGACAUCACCGGGUGCUGGGACUUCUAAAUUGGUUGUCUCGUUUCGCUGACCCUACCGAAGCAUUAGACAGCGUUCUGAACCAUCUCCCCAAAAAGAGACGAGGAACCGUGAAGGAACUUCUGUGCAGAUCCAUGGAGGAGUACCUGCAGGCCCAGGGAAGGAUUCAGGACUUCUUCCAGCAUGGUGCUUACACCUGCCCAGACACCUGGAAUCCCGGUUUACCACCGUGGGUGCUUGCGGCCUUAGCCAGGGGCCAACUGUCCCCUUUCAUAAGUGAUGCUCUGGUGCUGAGACGGACCAUUCUCCACACACAGGUGGAAAACAUGCAGCGACCAAACGCCUACAGAAUCUCUCUGCCCAUCCGGCAAGUCAUCUAUGGGCUCCUCGUGAAUGCUCCUCCACAUGUAUGUAAUGUGGCCUGGGAUGCACUGCCUCCUCAGCCUCCAACUUUCAGCGAAGUGGAAAGGAUUAAUAAAAAUAUCAAAACAUCAAUUGUUCAUGCAGUAGAACUACCCAAGGAUCAUUCUGACUUAAGCAAAUUGACUGAGCUCUCCUUGGCUAGCCGGCAGAUGCUUCUGUUAGAAACACUGAAGGUGAAACAGAGCCUCCUGGACCCAGUCCCUGCCGCGCUGAAGUUGCCUGUCGCUGUCAGCUGCUACUGGGUACAGCACACACAGGCCAUGUUGAAGCUGCAUCACCUACAGGCCCUGCUGCUGGGGAUGCUUCUGGGGCCCUUGCGUGCCAUGGUCAGCAGCCCUGAGGAGAAAGCUGGGCGGGGCGGUGGUGCUGAGACGCUGUAUGAAGAGCUUCAGCGGGUGAAGGCGCCACCAGGCACACGGCUGGACUUGGACACAGCUCACGUCUUCUGUCAGUGGCAGUGUUGCCUGCAGAUGGGGCUGUAUCUCAACCAACUGCUGUCCACGCCUCUUCCGGAGCCAGACCUAACUCGACUGUACAGUGGGAGCCUGGUGCAUGGUCUGUGCCGACAACUACUGACGUCGGCCUCGGUGGAGAGCCUCCUGCGCUUGUGUCCUGAGGCCCAGCAACUCUACGAAAAUCUAUUCAAUGCCACAAGAUCCUGUGCCCCUGCCGAACUAUUCCUACCAAAAGUUAAAUUAAAUUCAAAAAGAAGAAAGCAGAAGAAAUCAGGUAUCAGCUGGUCAGAGAACAGAGUGGGAACCACCCUGAAUGCUAGGAGUUGGCAUGAAGGAAGCAAUCGGUUUGAGCUGUUGAUGGUGGAGCCCUUGGAGAAUGAGGAGGCCCCGGAGCUCGAAUAA